AUGCCUAUCAACUACUUGAUCCUACUCUCGCGGCAGGGAAAAGUCAGGCUUGCCAAAUGGUUUACGACCUUGUCGCCUAAGGAGAAAGCAAAGAUUAUCAAGGAUGUGUCGCAACUUGUGCUCGCGCGGAGGACACGCAUGUGCAAUUUCUUAGAAUACAAAGGUGCGGAAGUGUUAAAAGACGCCCUGAAACUGGAAACUAAUACUCUCCCACUAGAUUCCAAAAUUGUUUAUCGACGUUACGCAUCGCUUUUCUUCAUCGCAGGGUGCAACUCAACGGAUAACGAACUCAUCACACUCGAAAUCGUGCACAGAUACGUGGAGCAGAUGGACAAAUACUAUGGCAAUGUUUGCGAGUUGGACAUCAUCUUCAAUUUCCAAAAGGCAUACUUCAUUCUCGAUGAAUUACUGCUCGCGGGGGAGAUGCAAGAGAGUAGCAAAAAGAACGUCUUGAGAGUUAUUUCAGCGCAAGACACGAUUGAGGACACUGAGGUCGAUGAAGAGGUUACGAAGAUUAUGUGA